CCCCGUUAACGGUAAUGAACUACUCGAAACUUCCGUUUUACCUGUCCAUUGCAUCUGGUGAAUCAUUUGUACUUGGGGAUCAAACCUUAUUUAGUGGAUCCGCGUGUCCUUGCUGAUCGCGUGUCCUUGUAAGGGAAGUACGCAAUUGGAUAUGAACGGUAAAGCACUGGCAUCGAUCGGAUAACGUGUAGACAGGUUGCACUAUCUGAUGGAUAAUGUCAACAAUCAUCAUUAGAUGGAGAAGCCGGUUCCGGAAUGGGCAGCGCCACUUCUCAUGGUAUCCAACUUACUCCAGUAAAAACUAACACGUUUCACACUCCGUAUCAUUACCAUGGGAGAAAAAUCAAUAGGUUUGCUCAUCCCCAUAAUAGAGUUUUGCCUCCUCCGGUGGCAGGACAGAGAUUACGUAGCACGGACAAUGGUAGCAUAUUACAAGAAAAAGGAACCAUUCGUGGUCAACGGGCGGGAGGCAGUCCUCAACCGAGUGACAUCGAUCCCGAAUUUCUAGCGGUUCUGCAGAAGAGAUCGGAUAAAUUAACCAAUAAACAUCAACUCAGGUCGGAGAAGUGGCAGUCGAUAAGUGAUCCUAACAUUAGCUACAGCUUAAAGAACAGCGAAACUAAUGGAAAAUUGAAAUCGAAAAAGAAAAACCGUGCGCCCGAACCUCCUUCAUUAUCUCCUUCCAAGAAGUACUCUUCCUGCAGAAGGAAGAAAAAUGGCAGCAGGGCAAAACAUCCCGCUCCACCUCCUCCCAUUGUUGUUUCUAUUCCGUCUACUGUAACUAAAAAUUUAACACAAGUGAGACCAAUAACUUUGCCAUCUAGAGAAGAGGAAACUACAGAAUCGUCUGACAUUCAAGGAGAAUCUAGGCAUGUGGUUUGCGAUGUAAGAAAUAAUAAUGUAUCGAGAAAACAAGCAACGCAAAAUAUAGUCUUCGAUGAUAAACGUAGCAGAAACGAAGCCUUUUCGGAAGAAAUUCAACAAGUAACGAAGAGAUUGGCCGAAAGGAUGAAAUCUAACCAACUACACGAAACAAAAACAUCACCCAAACAAUAUUAUUUUCCCGAUGUGGAAAUUGAACGGACGUUACAUAAUAAAACUAAUGCAAAACUAAACAGAAAUGUCAAAGUGGAUCAGACCAAAGAAAAAGAUGGAAAUAAUAAAUCUAGAAAACCAAAAACAAAAAGCGACCAAAUAGAUACAGAGAAAUUGCAGAAACACAACAGGAUAACUUACAGACAAAUUCCAGAAUCGGAAUACGUUGACGACAGCAUGGAAUCUUGUUCACACUCUUCGGAAUCUUUAGCAUCUUUGAAUGAUUCCGAAGACGAUAUCGAUUUAAAACUAAGACCCGUUCUACCCAGAAGGCAAGCCGAACUGCCCAAAUUUUCGCCCACAGAAGCCUGGAAAUUUCUUAGUGCCCAGCAUUUGGAUUCCAUUCCGAGUAGCGAAUUUGGAGACGACGACGAGGACAGAAUGUGGAGAUUGAAUAGGUUGGCAAAAAGAAAUGCGUUCGAAAGAUGUGAAGAUUCCGGCAUAUCUCCGGAUAUCGAGAGUCCAGUGUUAACUAAAGAAAAGCACGACGGGACAAAGAAACAUUCACAAACUGUAAUAAUCGGUCAACAUUCUUGGAUUCCCCAACAAGAUCUGCUCGAAGAUUCGGACAGCAACGAUCUUGAAGACAGCAUCAGAAAUCACAGGCGAGUAAAAGUUCCGGUUAAACUAAUGCUACCUAACGAGAUGUUCAGUUCAAAAUUUAAAAAUUUAAUAAAUAAAACAGUCAACCACAACGAUCCAGAUUUUAAAGAAAAUCACGUGAAAAGUCGAAAAGUUCCGGGAGUGAGAAACACCAAACCGAUCGGAGGCUUUAUCAAUUUGAAGAAAACAAUGGGCACCAGAAACAAAAAUACUCAGUUAGAUUCUAACUGGGUAUUAAAUUAUCAGAAUAAUAAGAUGUGUAAACUAACGGGAACUUAUAAUUAUGUUAAUUCCGGCGGGAAGAAAUAUUUGCAAUCUCUGAUAUUUGGUGUAAAGAAAAAUGAAGAGGAUAAAGAUAAGUCAGAUGAUCAUAAAAAUGGAAUACGAAAAAAAUUCUCUUUUUAUUCCACAGAAGGUCAUGUCAUUUAUUUGCCAGAAUACGAAACUGUAGAACUGGCCCGCAAACACAUGAAAAAGCGAGAUGUGGAGAACAACCGAAGGAAGAAAACCCCCGAUGAAAAUAUAACCGAAGUAAAGAUGCCCGAAGACAACGAUUGGGUAUUUCAAAUGCAGAAGCAAUACAGAAGAGAAAGGGAUUUAGAGAAGAAUAAUAUUCGCGACAAGUUAAAAUUAUAUCGCAGGGAAAUUUCCCCGCUUAUAAGUCAAGAAUUACCAGAAUCUAGAAGUCAGAGUUGCGAAAAUAUCCCCGAAAGGAUCAACUGUUUGGGAGGAUGGAUGAGUAAUCCAGAAAAUUUAAACGUCAUACAGCCUCCGAAGGUUUUCUCUUCCACAUCCUCUAGCUCUCCCGAGAUAGUUCAUUGCAAUAAUAGAAAGCAAUUUACCGGAGCUAGUAAAUGGAUGAGGCGUCAACGGCAACCUCCACAAGAUCGUAAUUUUAGUCCGACUAGACCGGAACCGGAAGGAGGAGACACUUCUAGUGACGAGAACGGUCUGCAGACUAGCGACGAUGUCAUGGCGAAUUGCAAUCAGAAUCCGAUUACCAGGCAGCCCAGCGUCUACACAGAACUUAUGGAAGUGGCCGAGCAAGAAGAACAGCGAAUGAAAUCAAAACCACCAUCGAAUUGUGGAAUUCAAACGGAAUCCGAAACGAAACCGAAAGUGGAGAUGGAUAAAGAAGGCACCGAAAGUAGCUGGAAAUUCAAAUCUGGUCAUCAGAUACAAAAUCAGGGAAGUAAAAAUGUGCCAAACAAAUCGAUAGGGCAACAGAAUCCACCCGCAAAGACCUUUUAUAUGGAACUGGAAGAGAGAAUGAGGCAAAUAUCUAAACGUAUGGAAGAAAACUCGGAGGAUAGUAAAGACAUAGAAUCCAAAAUAUCGAAGAAAGAAGAGACUUCAGCUAAACAUAUAUUUCCUAACGUAAUAAUUAACGAGGGAGGAUAUAAAUCUGUAAUCCAGUUAUCUAGUGUACAGCCGUUCAACCCAAACAAAGGUUAUCGUCCAGUGCCAUUUAAAGUGCCUUCCGCAGAAAAGAAUUCGACAGAAAAAUGUGAAGAUUCCGGCAUAUCUCCGGAUAUCGAGAGUCCAGUGUUAACUAAAGAAAAGCACGACGGGACAAAGAAACAUUCACAAACUGUAAUAAUCGGUCAACAUUCUUGGAUUCCCCAACAAGAUCUGCUCGAAGAUUCGGACAGCAACGAUCUUGAAGACAGCAUCAGAAAUCACAGGCGAGUAAAAGUUCCGGUUAAACUAAUGCUACCUAACGAGAUGUUCAGUUCAAAAUUUAAAAAUUUAAUAAAUAAAACAGUCAACCACAACGAUCCAGAUUUUAAAGAAAAUCACGUGAAAAGUCGAAAAGUUCCGGGAGUGAGAAACACCAAACCGAUCGGAGGCUUUAUCAAUUUGAAGAAAACAAUGGGCACCAGAAACAAAAAUACUCAGUUAGAUUCUAACUGGGUAUUAAAUUAUCAGAAUAAUAAGAUGUGUAAACUAACGGGAACUUAUAAUUAUGUUAAUUCCGGCGGGAAGAAAUAUUUGCAAUCUCUGAUAUUUGGUGUAAAGAAAAAUGAAGAGGAUAAAGAUAAGUCAGAUGAUCAUAAAAAUGGAAUACGAAAAAAAUUCUCUUUUUAUUCCACAGAAGGUCAUGUCAUUUAUUUGCCAGAAUACGAAACUGUAGAACUGGCCCGCAAACACAUGAAAAAGCGAGAUGUGGAGAACAACCGAAGGAAGAAAACCCCCGAUGAAAAUAUAACCGAAGUAAAGAUGCCCGAAGACAACGAUUGGGUAUUUCAAAUGCAGAAGCAAUACAGAAGAGAAAGGGAUUUAGAGAAGAAUAAUAUUCGCGACAAGUUAAAAUUAUAUCGCAGGGAAAUUUCCCCGCUUAUAAGUCAAGAAUUACCAGAAUCUAGAAGUCAGAGUUGCGAAAAUAUCCCCGAAAGGAUCAACUGUUUGGGAGGAUGGAUGAGUAAUCCAGAAAAUUUAAACGUCAUACAGCCUCCGAAGGUUUUCUCUUCCACAUCCUCUAGCUCUCCCGAGAUAGUUCAUUGCAAUAAUAGAAAGCAAUUUACCGGAGCUAGUAAAUGGAUGAGGCGUCAACGGCAACCUCCACAAGAUCGUAAUUUUAGUCCGACUAGACCGGAACCGGAAGGAGGAGACACUUCUAGUGACGAGAACGGUCUGCAGACUAGCGACGAUGUCAUGGCGAAUUGCAAUCAGAAUCCGAUUACCAGGCAGCCCAGCGUCUACACAGAACUUAUGGAAGUGGCCGAGCAAGAAGAACAGCGAAUGAAAUCAAAACCACCAUCGAAUUGUGGAAUUCAAACGGAAUCCGAAACGAAACCGAAAGUGGAGAUGGAUAAAGAAGGCACCGAAAGUAGCUGGAAAUUCAAAUCUGGUCAUCAGAUACAAAAUCAGGGAAGUAAAAAUGUGCCAAACAAAUCGAUAGGGCAACAGAAUCCACCCGCAAAGACCUUUUAUAUGGAACUGGAAGAGAGAAUGAGGCAAAUAUCUAAACGUAUGGAAGAAAACUCGGAGGAUAGUAAAGACAUAGAAUCCAAAAUAUCGAAGAAAGAAGAGACUUCAGCUAAACAUAUAUUUCCUAACGUAAUAAUUAACGAGGGAGGAUAUAAAUCUGUAAUCCAGUUAUCUAGUGUACAGCCGUUCAACCCAAACAAAGGUUAUCGUCCAGUGCCAUUUAAAGUGCCUUCCGCAGAAAAGAAUUCGACAGAAAACAAAUAAAAACA